GGAAGUGUCUCUCUCCGGCUGCAGGUGGUUCUUCAGCAGCUACUAGCUAGCGCGGACAACGAUGAGACGGUGAAGUGUGGCCAGCAGCAACAGAGGUGUAGUUUUCUCUCGAAUCCCGACAGCUUUAUAAAACACUCACGCCGCUAUUUCACUAGAAAAUGACCACGACCACGACGUUUCAAGGGAUGGAGCCGGGCGCGAAGAACAGCUCCAGGAUCCUGCGCCCUCCAGGUGGCGGCUCCAACAUCACGCUUGGUGCAGACGAGGAGAAGCCUCCUGUCCGGAAAAACAAGAUGGCCUCCAGUGUUUUUGCGGAGCCGGAAGACCCUUAUGCUAAUCGAAGGAACAACCCGCCAGGAGGGAAGCCCACAGGUGUGUUGUGCGGCGAGCCGUCGGCUCCUCUGAGAAGAGGCGGCAACAACAUCACCAGUCUCUCGGCAGAAGCUCCCGCCACGGAAGGAAAUAACGCUGCACGUGAUAAUGAACCCAUCGCUGCGGAGGUGGAAGCUGCUCCGGAGCCGCAGGAGGAGCCUCCUCAGGCGGAGCCGCCUCAGGCGGAGGAACCGGCCGCCGGCGCGUCGGGCCGCAGGAAUCCUCCCGGAGGAAAGUCCAGCCUCAUCCUGGGCUGAACGUCCCCCCCCCCGGUCUCCCCAGUCCCCUCCUUUACCUCCUCAUCUCUGAACUUUUUAGUUUCUCCCCCAGCUCAUGUGUCCGUGCAGCAGGAACCUCCGACAUCCAGCAGGCCGCCGCCGUCUGCUCCAUCCAGAAGUGCAUUGUUUUGAUACCUCUCUUUUAAAAUACCGUUUUUUACCGUUUUCUUUUUUUGUUUUCCUGUUUAUUUUGACAGAAGCACUUUAUGUAUUCUUGUUUAUGCGGUUGGAAGUUGGACUUUUUGCCCCUGAAAUUAGGCCCGCCGAGAAAGAAAAGGAGACAGUUCUCGUAACAGCUUAUUGUGCAUCUUUCCUACGUUUUAUUGUGAAAGUCGAAAGCUUUUGCGUCGCGUCGUUUUGUCCCCCCCCCCCCCCCUUUCUCUCCCAUCUUGCAUGCAUGUCUGCUUUGUAUGAAUGUGAGAAGAAACUGUGAAGAUUAGUUUUUUUUUUAUUUAAAAAAAAAAAUAGAAAGAAAAUUAAAAAAUUUGACCUGUUUGAUAUUAUUUUUAUUUGUGGGAUAGUUGUUGUUACUGUUGUUGCAUGGACGUGAAAUCUUUCUACUGAUUCUAUGAUAAGACCGACAUUCAUCUCUGUAUUUGUACGCUGGAAGACGCGCUCUUCAGACGAGUCCUGGAGUCCAAGCGAGCCUUUUUUUAUAUCCGAGUCACUGAUUUUAGAUCAAAUCCCUAAUGCCGGUUUUAGGUGCUCAGUGCUUUUUAUUUUUCUUAAUUUCGGUGAAAUUUACUCUGAAACACUCCCGCUCGUUUGUUAGGCUCCGGUAUCAAACAAGAUCGGGUUUCCAGACUGAAGUAUUUGGUCCUGAAGCGUUUUCUGGUAAAACCCAUCUUAGCUUUGACAAGUGACCUUAUGACAGCCCAGCCUUCUUUUCUCCACCUCACACUUGAUAUUCAUGCUCAUCGGGAAAGAAAUAAAAUAAAAAAAGUAUUAAAAAAAAAACAAUCCUUUUGUACAUUUCACGUGAAAGUAUUCAAACCAAAACACCCCCUUCAUCUGCACUGCGGAGCCUCGCGUGCGCAGACUGUUGUCCACCAGCUGCCGCGCGAGAUCCGCUUUUCAGGUACGCGUUCCUCCCGUGGUGUGUUUUUUCUUUUAAUAUUUAUAGUGUGCGACGUGUCCGUCUGCAUCCUGAACCAGUCCCUGUUGCUGGAUGUAAGUCACUGCUGAAAUCUGAAUUGAAGAAAUGGCACAAGUGGAAAGUAACAAUAAAAAUCAGUUUGAAUCACA